ACGGUGAACCAGUCUCGCAGAAGCAGUCAUAUUUUCUAAAAGCUCAACAAGAACGUACAACGCCAUGAAUCCAUUUUUCAUGGGCUUUGAUGGUCCGCCCUUAACUCGUUCCCGCUUCGUCAUCCCGGAUUUCGGGUUGCCUAUGCCACAUGAUCAUAUAUUGCAGGCUAUAGGGCCCAUGAUGACACGAGAUCCUUACAGGCCGUGGCCGAUGGCCCCAGCUGAGAGAGAUUUUGGUUCCACCAUAAAAUCCGACAAGAAAAAAUUCCAUGUCACCAUGGACGUGCAACAUUUCGCCCCUGAAGAAAUCACGGUGAAGAUAGUUGACAAUUACGUCGUCAUUGAAGGCAAACAUGAGGAGAAGAAGGAUGAGCACGGUUUUAUUACCCGGCAGUUCACUCGUAAAUACGCGCUGCCCCAAGAUUGCGACCCCGAUACUGUGGAGUCCAAACUUUCCUCAGAUGGUGUUCUCAGCAUCAUCGCACGGAAAAUAGCGGCUGCGAAGAACGAGCGAAAUGUGCCGAUAACGCAGACAGGCCCUGUGCGGAUGGAGAUCAAAAAUGAAAACGUACCUCAAGCCGAGCAGAACGCCGAGCAGAACGCCGAGUAGUCUCAAAAACCCUGUGCAAUGUUCUCUUUGUUUAUUUCGUAUUUUGCAAGACUGAGUUUGUACUUCUACGGUAAUUAAGUUUGUACAUUGAUUUUACCAAGUACCUAUUUGAUAUUAAUAUUUAUUUCAGUUCGGUGUAUAGUUAUUUUUAACUCUAUAUUAAACUGGCUUACC